CGUACACUAACAAAGUCUCGUUGAAGAUUUGCUGGCCCAAGUGGUAGCAACCCCAUCUAUCUAAAGGGAAUUGGGAAGGAAAGGCAAGUAUAUACUCACUUCUUGGGGUUGUGCGGCGUAGUCCUGAUAUUUCUCUGGGGCUAGCUUUCUGUCGGACGAUAGAACGACUGGCUAGCUGUGACAGCACUGAAAAAAAGGGCGAACAUAUUCGGUACGGACAACCCUUAUCCCCCGAUGGUGCGGAGUAUACUCAAGAUCGAAGGUACGUCUUCAGGCAACGCAUGAACGCGGAAACGUACAGGGACAUCGUGAUUCAUGGACAAAUGAGUAGGGGGUCCGAGAAGGGAAGAUGGGGGAGAACAGUGAGAGGAAGGGCUGUGGCGAUUCUUGGCUGAGACGGGGUCUUCAUUGGCAAGAUGGGAUGGCACAUCACGAUAGAAUUGUAACUAAUCGUACCAAUUACCGUAGUUUAAGAGUCCUCUACGUGGUCAAUGAAGGGGAAUGGCGUUGCGCAAAGAAGGCCGCUGCCGAGGAGAUUGUUUGUGCUAAAUGGCGAACUCGUGCUGGAGCUUAUAUCAUGGCGACUCGAAGAUUGCUCGAAGAGGCAUUCACCUGGACUGUAACAAGACUUCAAAGAAAGUUAACCUGGAGUUUGCACUCAACCUCUCCCUCGGCGUUUGGUUGAUGGUCAGAUUUGGCGACAAACUUGCGCGCUUUCACGAUCGUCGUG